AUGUUAGUCAAAACGUUAAGAACCGACCAAAGAUUGAAGAUGGCAGCUGAACAGGGAGACAUCCAUGCAUUGUAUUCAACUAUAGAAGAAGAUCGAUGUAUAUUGGAUCACAUCGAUCAAACACCAUUUCUCAACACUCCGUUACAUACAGCUGCAUCCAAAGGGCAUACUAAGUUCGCAUUGGAAAUAAGAAGACUAAAGCCAUCAUUCGGAAGGAAGCUAAACCAAGAUGGUUUCAGUCCUCUACACUUAGCUGUUUACCGAAAAAAUUAUGAAACAGCUAUCCAGAUGAUCGAUGAAGACGGGCAUCUUGUGCGUGUCAAAGGAAAAAUGGGUAGAACUCCGCUGCAUAUAGCAGUAGAACAAGGGGAUAUGGAUCUUGUUGCAGCAUGUUUGACUGCCUGUCCUGCUUCUAUUGAAGAUGUGACUGACCAUAAAGAAACUGCACUACACAUUGCAUCCAAAAAUGAUAGAACGGAAGCUAUAAAUUCCAUUGUUAAUUGGCUUGAGUAUACUGGGAAUCGCGUGGUGCAAAAUUGGGCUGACAUGGAUGGCAACACUAUAUUGCAUAUUGCCAGUCUCAAGAAUCAAAUAGAGGUGGUCAGGCUCUUAACCAACGACUUGAAAUAUAGACCGUCAGUUUUGCUACUUAUGCCUGAUUUUCUUCUUGUUGGUAUUGAUCGUUUACUCCCUUUUCGAAAAUUAAACAAUGAAGACGGGUCGACAGUUUUGUUGAGUCUUAAAAACUCACAAGGUUUAACAGCUAUGGAUAUUCUACAGCAACAGGGGCACAUGCAGAUAAAGGAAAUUGAAAACAUGCGAUCAGCGGCUGCACAAAAUAAGAAUCAUGUAGAUUACGGCAGUGCAGAGUACUUGAAGAAAAAGAUAUCAAGUUUUGAUAAAAGGGUAAUCAAUUAUUUCCGUAAAAAUUUGCGAAUCUCAGAUGAACAUCGUUCGGGAGUAAUCACAGUUGCUGUAUUGAUUGCAACAGCUACGUACCAAGCUGUUCUUAGUCCACCUCGCGGCCUUUCGCAGGGGGGCCUUAUUCCAAAUGCUUCCCCUGCAGUUCGAAACGACAAUGUGGAUAAUAAUACAGGCACUUCUCUCAUGUCUGUGCCUCAAUGGUGGUUGUUCGCUGCGUUAAACACCGUAACAUUUUACGCCUCGAUAGCGAAAAUUAAUGAUCUUCUUUUUGGCGGCGGUAUUAACGUUAAUUUCCUCGUAUUUCCACUUGUUUUGUGCUAUACCACUGCCAUCUCUUCUAUCGCACCACGUUAUGGAGAUUUUGGUAGAGCUCACUCCACUUAUAUCACUAUUAUUGUUCUUAGCUUUUUACUCUAUAUCAAGGGGGCGGCCAUGGAAAGUUCCAUUACUAGAUACAAAAAGGUAUUUAAGAGUCUUCAAUUAAGACACCAUACUGAUGAAUGUAAACUCUGAUUUUGACCGUGAAAUUAGAGAAAUUAUGAGCUGAAUUAAGUUUAUCAUGUAGAAUUGCAAACA